AUGUCCAGCGCAGAAGGAGGAGGAGCCACUGCCAACCACGCCGCCCCGCCUCUCAAGAAGCCGCCCUCCAAGGACCGCCACAGCAAGUGGGCCCUCCCUCCCCGCCCCGACUUCGCCCAGGUCUGGAGCUUCGCCGCCGCCGCCGCCGCCGCUCAGCCUGAGCUCGUCUCCGUCUCGCCGCCAGCCUCCAUGUUUCACCAUCAACACCUCCAGCAGCAACAAGCCGCCAUGGGAGAGGCUUCCGCCGCCAGGCUCGGGAAUUACCUUCCCGGCCACCUCAAUUUGCUCGCCUCCUUGUCCGGCGGCCACGGGAACUCCGGCCGGCGAGACGACGAGCCUCGUUGAAUUCGAAUGCUGAGUUAACUCUGAUCCAUUCGGUGCUGCUCUGAAUAAUUCGUAUAUAUAAUUAUAUGUAUUAUGUGAGUGUGGGUUUUGUUCUGUGGCUAAUGGCUAUCCCUUUGUUGUUGUGUGUGGACUCUCGACUCUCCACUGUGGAGAAGCAGAAGAUUUUUAUUUCUUAGUCAAAUUUUAGGGUUAGGUUUUUUCUUUUUGCUAGUUUUGAGUGGACAAGUCCAUGAAUUAAGGAAUUCAAUUGGAUUAGGGUUUUCCUGGUUUGGAAAACUGAUUUAGGUUGUUAGGAGAUGAUGAAUUUAUUUAGAUAAUUGGGAGAGAGUAUGAUGAUUAUGAUGAGAUGAAUAACUAGGGAUUGAGGCCUGGAAGUGGUUUUCAGGACCUUGAUCGAUCGGUAUGCAAUUGCAGAUGCAAAUGCAGAUGCAACUGUAAUCAAAUCAACAUUAAUUGAAUCAUGUUAUUGUGGAAAAUGUCCAAUCAAGGUUAUGCUUCUUGUUGCUUC